AUGGGGUGUAAUACAUCUACCACUGCAGUAGCUCCUACCACAACUGUUCAACCCACUAAAACUGCUCACUCUACCAUGACUGUUCAUCCUACCAAAACUAUUCAGCCUACCAUAACUCAUGAAUCCAAUAAAAAAGAUGAUGCACAUUUAAUGUAUAGCCAAUUAUUCAAAGAAUUUCUAUCACAAAUGUCUGAAAAUGAUCGAUCAACAGUCAUUUCUUUUUGUCCUGAUCUUUAUACCAAUGAUAAUUUAUCUGAUUUAAUUUCUACCAAUCCAGAAUUAUUAAAUCGUACUAAUAUUAUGAGAAAAAAACUUAUAGAUGAAAAUCCGACCGUUUCUAUGGGUCGUCUGAUGUUAGAAAUGGGUUCAUAUGAUCGUGCCGAAUAUUUAUAUUUUAAAGCUAUACAUCAAGAAAAAAAUAAUUGGAAACGUUUAACAGUUGUAUAUAAUAAUUUAGCUAACGUCUAUUAUAAAGAAGGAAAGUAUGACAAAGCAUUAACUUACUAUCACAAAAGUCUUAGUAUUCAACAGAAGCAUUUACCUGAAAAUGAUUCAAGUUUGAGUAUUGAUUACAAUAAUAUUGCUAUAGUUUAUGAAACACAGAAAAAUUAUGAUUUAUCAUUACAAUUUUUUCAAAGUGCAUUAAUGCUUGAAAUGAAAGCAAGUAAACCUGAUGAAAAAUUAAUUGCAUUUCUCAAUAAUCAUAUUGGUUUAAUUCAUAAUGAACAACAAAAUUUUGCUCAAGGUACGAGUGGUUCUGCUAAUAAUCAGCUUUCAUCACCACAAGGUAUAGCACUUGAUUCAAGCACAAAUACACUUUACAUAUCGGAUACUGGCAAUAAUCGUGUGAUGCGGUACUUAUCGGGUGCUUCAUCAGGUGAUAUAGUAGUUGGUGGUAAUGGAGAAUUAAACGGUCCUAGAGGAUUGUAUUAUGAUGUAUUAUCGAAUAGUAUUCUCAUUGCUAAUGCAAACGCACACAAUAUUCUUCGUUGGGUGUACGGCGCCAAUAGUUCGACACUUGUAGCUGGUGAUAGCAAUGGUUUGAGCGGUAAUACAUCGUUGUUGCUCGAUAGUCCUAAAGAUGUGAAACUUGAUUCAAUGGGUAAUGUGUAUGUGGCAGAUGAAGACAAUAAACGUAUACAAUUUUUCUUAUCCGGUCAGGUGAAUGGUACAACAAUAGCUGGUGUGAACCAGAGAUGUCCAUCGCGGCUGGUGAUCUGCCGCUGCCGCACCGCCGUCUGUUAA